AAUUCGCCGGAAGUUCCUUUCAGAGCUUGUUGUUUUUGUUGCUAGUAGAGGGAUUGUGGUGAAAAAUGGCGACGUCUCGUCGCGCUUCACAACAGCAACACCAGAACUUAUCUUCACCUCCGCGUAUUGCCUCAACUUCUCUCACUCCUCCUGGAUCCCCUCCGGGUGCCGGCGUCCUGAACAUAUCACCUCCAGCCGGAGGCGAACCAGACGGUGCCGGAGAUGCGGACCCAAGCGCGGCCUCCUCCCCCACUCCGCUACGCAGCGCUAGCAGCACUAGCAGUAGCAGCACUAGCACUAGCAGUGCUAGCUCCCCGAGCACCACGGGAGGCUCUAGCCCUGGUUCAGCCAGCACGAGCCCGGGUGGCGGCUGCGCGAGUAGCGGCGCUUUUCGGGAGUUGUUCGAGGCCUGCAGAAAUGGAGACGUGUCUAGGGUGAAACGGUUGGUGGAUUCGGUUAACGUUAACUCUAAGGACAUGGCAGGGCGCAAAUCAACUCCACUGCACUUUGCUGCAGGUUUUGGAAGGAAGGACGUGGUGGAGCAUCUUCUGCAGACUGGAGCAAACGUGCACGCCCGUGACGAUGGCGGUCUGAUCCCUCUCCACAACGCCUGCUCGUUUGGCCACGCCGAGGUGGUGAGCUUGCUGCUGUGCCAGGGAGCCGACCCCAAUGCCAGAGAUAACUGGAACUACACGCCACUCCAUGAGGCUGCCAUCAAAGGCAAAAUCGACGUGUGUAUAGUGCUGCUCCAGCACGGCGCCGAUGCCAACAUCCGCAACACCGACGGCAAAUCAGCGCUGGACCUGGCUGAGCCAUCCGCCAAAGCCGUGCUCACCGGCGAAUACAAGAAGGACGAACUGCUGGAAGCGGCGAGGAGCGGAAAUGAAGAGAAGCUCAUGGCCCUGCUCACCCCGCUCAACGUCAACUGCCACGCCAGCGACGGACGCAAGUCGACAUCUCAAAAAAUGCUGUCGACUCCACUACAUCUGGCAGCGGGAUACAACAGAGUCCGAAUUGUCCAGCUCCUUCUGCAACAUGGCGCCGACGUGCACGCAAAGGACAAGGGUGGUCUCGUCCCUCUGCACAACGCCUGCUCCUACGGCCACUACGAAGUCACAGAGCUGCUGCUAAAGCAUGGUGCGUGUGUGAAUGCCAUGGACCUGUGGCAGUUCACCCCCUUGCAUGAGGCAGCCUCUAAGAACCGUGUAGAGGUUUGUUCACUCCUGCUGAGUCACGGUGCAGAUCCCACUCUGGUCAACUGUCACGGAAAGAGUGCGGUGGAUAUGGCCCCCACGCCUGAGCUCAAAGAGAGACUCACAUACGAGUUUAAGGGUCACUCGCUGCUCCAGGCAGCACGCGAGGCCGACAUGGCUAAAGUAAAGAAGACCCUCGCUCUGGAGAUCAUUAACUUCAAACACCCGCAGACCCACGAGACUGCGCUGCAUUGUGCCGUUGCCUCGCCACACCCCAAAAGGAAGCAGGUCACCGAGCUGCUGCUUCGGAAAGGCGCCAAUGUCAACGAGAAGAACAAAGACUUUAUGACUCCUCUGCAUGUGGUAGCUGAGAGAGCUCACAAUGACAUCCUGGAGGUGCUGCAGAAACAUGGGGCCAAGAUGAAUGCCGUGGACACUCUGGGACAGACCGCUCUGCACCGGGCGGCUCUGGCCGGUCAUCUGCAGACGUGUCGGUUGCUCCUGAGUUACGGUGCAGAUCCAGCAGUCGUCUCACUGCAGGGCUUCACAGCUGCACAGAUGGGCAACGAAGCUGUCCAACAAAUCCUCAAUGAAAACGUUCCAGUGAGGAACUCGGACGUAGACUACAGGCUUUUAGAAGCAGCUAAAGCAGGGGACCUGGACACUGUGAAGGACCAUCAAACGAAUUCUCUGUUCUCCAGUCAUCUUGUGGACCAAAACAGAACUGAAAGAUUGAAAAAGAUCUGUUCUUCAUCAAAGGAGCAGUAUCAUCAACUCUGCUCUGCUCAGAACGUGAACUGCAGGGAUCUGGAGGGACGCCACUCGACGCCGCUGCACUUUGCGGCAGGCUACAAUCGCGUGGCGGUGGUGGAGUACCUGCUGCACCACGGCGCAGAUGUCCACGCCAAGGACAAAGGAGGUCUGGUGCCGCUGCACAACGCCUGCUCAUAUGGGCAUUAUGAAGUGGCCGAGCUGCUGGUGAGACACGGGGCGUCGGUCAACGUGGCAGACCUGUGGAAGUUUACUCCACUGCACGAAGCUGCUGCCAAGGGCAAAUACGAGAUCUGCAAACUGCUUCUGAAGCAUGGCGCUGACCCGACAAAGAAAAACCGGGACGGAAACACGCCCCUAGACAUGGUGAAGGAAGGGGACACGGAUAUCCAGGAUCUGCUGAGAGGAGACGCUGCCCUGCUGGACGCUGCAAAGAAAGGCUGCUUGGCUCGUGUGCAGAAACUCUGCAGCCCCGAGAACAUCAACUGCAGAGACACACAGGGACGCAACUCUACACCACUACACCUGGCAGCGGGUUACAAUAACCUGGAGGUAGCAGAGUAUCUGCUGGAGCACGGCGCUGACGUUAACGCACAGGACAAAGGCGGCCUCAUUCCACUCCACAACGCAGCCUCAUACGGACAUGUGGAUAUCGCAGCUCUGCUGAUCAAGUACAACACGUGUGUGAAUGCCACGGAUAAGUGGGCAUUCACUCCGCUCCACGAGGCUGCACAAAAGGGACGCACCCAGCUGUGUGCCCUGCUGCUGGCACACGGAGCCGACCCCACCAUGAAAAACCAGGAGGGCCAGACGCCCCUCGACCUUGCCACGGCUGAUGAUAUCCGGGCUCUGCUUGUUGAUGCCAUGCCUCCUGAUGCCCUCCCCAGCUGCUUUAAGCCUCAGGCCACAGUGGUGAGCGCCACCGUGAUUUCGCCUGCCUCCACGCCGUCCUGCCUGUCAGCCGCCAGCAGCAUCGAUAACCUGGCCGGACCAUUGGCCGAGCUCUCGGCGUCCGGAGCAUCGGGGCCUGCAGACGGUGCCACAGGGGCUGAGAGGAAGGAGGGAGAAAUUACCAUUCUGGAUAUGAACAUCAGCCAGUUCUUGAAGAGUUUGGGCCUUGAGCAUCUGCGGGACAUUUUCGAGCGGGAGCAGAUCACUCUGGACGUGCUGGCUGAUAUGGGCCACGAGGAGCUGAAGGAGAUUGGCAUCAAUGCCUACGGUCACCGCCACAAGCUUAUCAAAGGCAUUGAGAGACUGCUGGGCGGUCAGCAAGGUGCCAACCCAUACCUGACAUUCCAUUGUGCGAGUCAGGGCACAGUCCUGAUUGACCUGGCACCUGACGAUAAAGAGUUUCAGUCUGUGGAAGAAGAGCUGCAGAGCACGAUCAGAGAGCACCGGGAUGGAGGAAAUGCCGGCGGAGUCUUCAGCAGGUACAACAUCCUGAAGAUUCAGAAGGUGGUGAAUAAGAAGCUGAGAGAGAGAUAUUCACACAGACAGAAAGAAAUUGCAGAUGAAAACCAUAACCACCACAAUGAGCGCAUGCUGUUCCAUGGCUCUCCUUUCAUUAACGCCAUCAUCCACAAAGGUUUUGAUGAGAGACACGCCUACAUUGGAGGAAUGUUUGGCGCGGGAAUCUACUUUGCUGAGAAUUCAUCCAAGAGCAACCAAUAUGUGUAUGGCAUCGGCGGCGGCACGGGCUGCCCCACACACAAAGACCGCUCCUGCUACGUCUGCCACAGGCAGAUGCUGUUUUGUCGCGUUACCCUAGGCAAAUCCUUCCUGCAGUUCAGUGCCAUGAAAAUGGCUCAUGCACCUCCGGGGCACCACUCGGUCAUCGGGCGGCCCAGCGUUAAUGGCCUGGCCUACGCAGAGUAUGUUAUCUACAGAGGAGAGCAGGCAUACCCGGAGUACCUCAUCACAUACCAGAUUGUGAAGCCGGAGAGCACAGCGCAGCCGCCAGCAGCAGCAGAGCAGAAAUCUUGAGUGUCCAGAACUCAUCUUGUGCACAUUGCUCAGACUGUUACACACUCCUUCACAUGUAUUCUGGCCUCCAGCUGAUCCUCAUCUUUCUCCAGCCUCUAACCUGAUCUCUCACCUCACACAGCUCACUCACAUCUACAGCGUUAAUGUUUUCAAGCAACCCUCCUCCUCCAGGUGUUUUGAGGUCAGAGGGAUGAGGACUGAAGGGAUCGAAGACAAGUGACUUAAUUGCCAUAGCUUUUUUUUCCCCCAUUUAGUACUGGUUUAAUUCAGUACACAUUUAUUUUCCCCUUUUGCCAGUGUCCUUACUUUAAACCAUUUUAUUGUGAAUUAUUUUAAACCUAACACACUACAAAAUGGACCACAUGUUAAUGCUCUAGGGACCUGCCAUGUUUGUUUUUUUUUUCUUUUCUUCAUAACCGCGUUCCAUGGAGCCUCGUCUCACACGUAUCUGACUUUUUAUGCUUCAUUUUUUUUCUCUCUGAUGUUGGACACGUAUGGAAACCCAAUUCUCCAGUGUGAGCCUUUAAUAACAAAUUGUUGAACACACGGGGUUUUUAUUGUUUUGUUUUUGAUUUGCACAAGAAAAAGUCAGACUUAUCACCUCUGUUAGCAUAUCUGGAAAUAUAAAAAUGCAUUGUUUUAAAAGACUUGCACUUUUAGGAAGGGUUUAAGUUAUUCUAAUGAAACUGAGAAAUGGCAUUUAUGAAAUCAAACAUUUCCUGUAAUGAUUGUGAUGGAUGUGUGCUUUGGUAAAAGCUCUCCUCUCUGUGCUCUUGUUUUCUGAUGAAGAGCAGCGUCAUUAGUAGACUUUUUUUUUUCUUUCCCGUUCUCUGAUCACUCUCUGCUUUCAGUAACGUUCUUGCGGUUUUUGGACGACAGCAGUGUGAUCCGUAUUCUCAGUCUCAUUCCAGCGUAAUCUCUUGCAGAGAUUUUUCUCCUUUGAGACACUACUGACAUUUCAGCAUCACUGAUGCACAUUUACAGCAGUUUGAAGUUAACAUGCCCCUGGAGAGUUCUGUUUUGCGGGAGGUUGUUGUCAUUUUGUUAAAAUCACCUUAGUGGUGUGUGUAUUGUAAUCCACUUCUCCACCAACACAGUACUGGUGCUGUACAGGGAAUCAGCACUUUUUUUUUUAAAUAACCAGCCCACGUUUUCCACCAUUCGAAGAUAUGAACGAUUAUGUAACGUGACCAGGUGUAGGAGUUUCCCUAAUGGAAGGGAAAAAAAACUGUGUAGGAUGGUUUGAGAACACACAUUACCAUUCAAGGUCAUAUCUUUCUUUGUUCACAGUGAAGAUAUUUCCCUAGACAAUAAUGGCAUAUGAGAUGGAUGCAUGUUUGUGUGUCUUUUAGCAAAGCUGCUCUAAUGAAGUCUUAUGUUUUUCAGGUAAGAGUGCUGUUUCCUUCUGAGACUUGAUAUAAUUUUUGAUUUAAUUAUUUCAAGCCAACACGGUUCACGUCUUAUUUUUAAUAUCUUGGUGUUGUCAUGGCAACAUGAAAUGACAUCUCUGGUUCUUGGCUCUAACCCAGUGGUAUUUUAGUGCUGUGGUGAAACAGAGAACGAGAUAAGGAAACGGUUAUUUCUUGUUUUGUUUGUUUUUAACACCAGCACCAUGUUGGUGGAAAAGGGCACUGUCUUUUUCACCUCUCAGCCUGAAACACUUUCACAUUUCACUUGUAUCUAAUUAUUUUUCUUUUUUUAAAAAAAAAAAAUCAUUUUACUUUAAUAAUUGUGUCAUGAGCUAUUUACCACAAGCAGACUAAUUGAACAGUCCUCAAUCAUGUAAACAAGUCUUAAUAAAGUACAUAUGUCAUA